AAUGUCCAAUCGACAAUCACCGGUGCAAGAGGAGGAGGUAACUGAAGAAUCAGGUGUUGUUGAAAACCAUACUGCAGAGGAGGAGGUAACUGAAACCCAAGAGAACACUGAAGAAGAAACGAAACAAGCGGAGAAUGACGAAGAACAAGUUGAGAACGAGGAGGAUGAAGACUUUGAAAUUACAGUUGAUGAGUCUCAAAGCAUGUUUACAAUUAUUGAGUGUCUAACAAAGGAAUACGAAGCUCUGAAAAAUACAAUUGAGUCUAAAAAUGGUGAAGAAAUAGCCGAAGACUCAGCAGAGGUAAAGAGAAAAGUCAAAAGGCUGAAAAGGGAAUUGAAAAAAGCAAUUGCUUAUCAAUCAAAAUUGUCGGAAAAUCAAAAUUUUGUCGAUGACAUCAAUGGCACAUUACAGAAUUUAAUAGCAAAAGUCAAGACAGACAAUUCACAAGCUGAAGAAACCACCGUUGAGGAAACGGAAGUGGCUGUUAAAAAAGCUAAGAGCACUAAAAGAUUAGCUGAAGUGGCUGAAGAACUUGCCCAAGUUCAACAAUUGGCUGCCGAAUAUGAACAAAAAGUAAUCGAUAUGGAAGAGAAAUUGACCAAAGUAAAAAAUGAGGCUGAAAAAGCUGAAAAUACUGUGGAGAAUUCAAAAACGGAUGACAACAACGAAGAAGAUGAAGAAAAACAACGAUUGGAAGAAGAGGAAAGAGAGAAAAGAGAGGAAGAGGAGAAGCGUCAAAAGGAGGAAGAGGAAAGGCGUUUAGAAGAGGAACGGAAGCGCUUGGAAGAAAAGAAGAAGGAAGAGGAGGAGAGAAGAAAGAAGUUAGAUCCAGUUAGUUGGCCUAUGUUUAAAAUUGAAGGAGACGAUAAGAUAAUAAACAGUGGUCUUGUUUGUAUGAUUCGCGCGCAAGAUGGCGCCUACAGCGAUGGACAAAUAAAAGGUGAAAUGUUUCCUGAAGCUUCCAGGAAAUAUCCUCUAUCUUGUGAUGAAGAAAUUGUCAGUAAUGUAAUUCGGGUGUACUGCGAUGGGGAUGAACCUGUUAAAUUUUCUAAGCCUAUAGCUAUAGCUAUUCCACUCAGCUUGCCAAGAGCGCUUCCGGCGAGAGAGUUUGUAAUUAAGGUCCUCAAUACAAGCCCCUAUAAGGAUUUACUGACUCGAGACAUCAUCUACCCCGAAUAUAAGGAAAUUCGAUUUGCCGAUGCUCUUUUCGAUGAAGUUCGCGACUUGACCUUAUGUGUUGUAUCAAGAUUCAAAAAAGAAAAGGAAACCUUUAACAACAAAGGAGGAAAACUCGUAUCCACUAUUGACAGCAGAGUAUCGUUAACCAUUCCAAAACGAUCGUUAAGAUUGGCUACGGAACUAUCUCUACAGCUAAAAGGAUUAAACGACUUUAGGCAUUACCAAAUUGACUCUACCAAUAAGAGAAGUAGUAUCAAUACACUUCUUACGUACUAA